UAGAGUGACGUCACGCGCCAGCCUCACGGCACCGUAGAGCAGCUCGCCAGCGGCAGCCAGGCAGCUCGGGCUCCAGAAGAGGAGCGUCGCUGAGCGGCCACACGCUGGACCACAUCCCCGCGGAGCCUCCGCCUUUUCCUCCCGGAAGCCUCGUCCGCAGUCCGCCGGCGUCCACGGGUGAGCCCUGGCGGCGGCGGCGGCGGGGGGUCCGGCGAGAGGACCGCCCGGCAUGGACCCCCGAGCGACGGAGGCUCCGGCGGCCAGCCCGAGCGGGCGGCUCGCCUCGCUCGGGGCCGACGGCGGCGAGUCGGAAUCCGGCGCCGGCUCGGAGGAGACCUCGGCGGGAUGCCUCAGCGACGCGUUCAGCAGCCUGCCCGACAUCGAGCAGGAGAGCCUGGAGGACAAGCUGAGGGGGCUCGCGUUCCGGAAGCAGACGUCCUAUCGGAAAGCCAUCUCUCGCUCGGGCCUCCAGCACCUGGGCCCGCCGCAGCCCGCCCUGCCCCCCGCCUCCAACGGGCCCAGCAAGGAGCCUCGCACCCGCAUGGACUGGACGGAGAACGCGGUCAACGGGGACCACCUGUGGAUGGAGACCAGCUGCUCGGGCGAGCUGUGCUACCUGGGAGAGGACGCCUGCCUCGUCAAGGCCGCGAAGUCUGCGCCCAGGAGGAAGUGCGCCGCCUGCAAGAUCGUCGUUCACGCGAGCUGCAUGGAGCAGCUAGAAAAGAUCAACUUCAGGUGCAAGCCAACCUUCAGAGAGGGAGGCUCGCGGUGCCUCCGAGAUCACAACGCGCUGAGGCAUCACUGGGUGCACCGGCGGAGGCAGGAGGGGAAGUGCAAACAGUGCGGAAAGAGCUUUCAGCAGAAGCUUUUCCACAGUAAAGAAAUCGUCGCCAUCAGCUGUUCGUGGUGUAAACAGGCCUUCCACAACAAGGUGACGUGCUUCAUGCUGCACCAGAUCGAGGAGCCGUGCUCCCUCGGGGCUCACGCCGGCGUCAUCGUGCCCCCGUCCUGGAUCAUCAAAGUCAGGAAACCGCAGAACUCGCUCAAGAACUCGGCCAGGAGGAAAAAGCGGACGUCUUUCAAGCGCAGGACGAGCAAAAAGGGGCCGGACGAGUCCAAAUGGCGGCCGUUCGUGCUGAAGCCCCUCCCCUCGCCGCUCAUGAAGCCCAUCCUGGUCUUCGUCAACCCGAAGAGCGGCGGCAACCAGGGCGCCAAGCUGCUCCAGAUGUUCAUGUGGAUCCUGAACCCGCGGCAAGUCUUUGACCUGUCGCAAGGCGGCCUUCGGGAGGCGUUGGAUUUGUAUCGGAAAGUGCCAAACUUGAGGAUCCUGGCCUGCGGUGGAGACGGGACGGUGGGAUGGAUCCUGUCCACGCUGGACGAGCUGCAGAUGAACCCCCAGCCACCGGUGGCCGUCCUUCCUCUGGGAACAGGAAAUGACCUCGCCAGGACGCUCAACUGGGGCGGGGGCUACACGGACGAACCCGUGUCCAAGGUCCUGGGUCACGUGGAGGACGGCUCGGUGGUGCAGCUGGACCGGUGGAACCUGCAGGUGGAGAAGAGCGGCGCCGAGCGGCAGCCGGAGGACGGCACGCAGAAGCUGCCUCUUGACGUGUUCAACAACUACUUCAGCCUGGGCUUCGACGCUCACGUCACCCUGGAGUUCCACGAGUCUCGAGAGGCCAACCCCGAAAAGUUCAACAGUCGCUUCCGCAACAAGAUGUUCUAUGCAGGCGCCGCCUUCUCGGAUUUCCUCCAGAGAAGCUCGCGGGACUUGUCCAAGCACGUCCGAGUGGUGUGCGACGGCACCGACCUGACUCCGAAGAUCCAGGAUCUGAAAUUCCAGUGCAUUGUGUUUCUAAACAUUCCCAGGUACUGCGCGGGCACCGUGCCCUGGGGCAACACCGGCGACCACCGCGACUUUGAGCCGCAGCGCCACGACGACGGCUGCAUCGAGGUCAUCGGCUUCACCGUGGCCUCGCUGGCGGCGCUACAGGUGGGCGGUCACGGCGAGAGGCUGCACCAGUGCAGAGAGGUGGUCCUCACCACGUUCAAGACUGUGCCUGUUCAGGUGGACGGCGAGCCGUGCCGGUUGGCUCCGUCCACACUGCGCAUCUCGCUGCGCAACCAGGCCAACAUGGUCCAGAAGAGCAAGAGACGCACCUCGGUGCCGCUACUCAACGAUAUUCAGAAGGUGUGUGCAGCUGAUCUGCGCCGCCUCUCUGCUCCCCCCGACUCCUUCUCUGUCCCCCACGCCGUCCCCGAGCGUCUGCGGCUGCGAGUCAACCGCGUCGGCCUGCGCGAGUACGACCGGCUGCAGUACGACAAAGAGCGGCUACGGGACAUCGGCGUCCCGGUGGGGAUUGUGGUGGUGAGGGGCGACUGCGACCUGGAGACGUGCCGACUCUACAUUGACAGACUGCAAGAGGACUUGCACCAGGCGCCCUCUCUUGGCCACAGAGUGCACUACCAGGAUGAAAGCCGGGGAAUGCCCAGGACCACCUCAGCCGGCCGACUCUCUGCCAGCUGGAGCUUUUUGGAUUCCACUUCAGCUGACCGCUUCUAUCGCAUCGACAAGGCACAGGAGCACCUGCACUUUGUUACGGAAAUUUGCCAGGACGAGGUGUUCAUCCUGGACCACGAGGGCCCCGCGGGGGGCCAGGCGUCGUCGGCCGGCAUGCCCGAUCUGGUGGUGGAGCCCAACGCUGGUGCGCCUUUGACUCCUGAAGAACAAGCACUGUUGAUGGCCGCCAGCUCGGGGGAUCUCUCCAUGCUGUCGGAGUGCGUUCAUCACGGCGUCAGCCUGCUGGUGCGAGACGCUGCGGGUUGCUCGGCCUUGCAUAAAGCUUGUCAGAAAGGACACGCCGAGCUGGUCGUCUUCAUCCUGCAGCAGGGAUCCAAAGUGCUCCUCGACUUGCCGGACAGAGAAAAAGGGGACACUGCCUUGCAUAAAGCCGCCUUGGAGAAGCAGCACGCCGUGUGUCGGCUCCUGGUGGAGGCGGGCGCGUCACUUCAGAAAACUAACUUUCAGGGGAAGACGCCCGUGGAGCAGGCGGAGGGCGACUCGGAGCUGACCUCCUACCUGAGCAGCCAAAAAACACCUUCUGCCCCCCAUGAGGACUUGGAGACGGCAGUCUGACACACGCACACACAUUUACACACACACACACACACACGCGCGAGCGGCACUGAUGAAGAGUUGCGUCCAAACGUCAAUUGAGGCGGCUCAGCAGUGGACAUUGGUUUAUGGCCUGGCUAUUUAUUUUGUAUUUAUUUAUUCAUAUUUCUAUUUAUUCUGGCCGUUUGUGGCGGACCCGGCGGUGGAUUGUAGGAUGCGUGUGAAGUGCACUUUGGAGCAGCCGCCACGUUCGUCACGAUUUUUUUGCGUUUUACCGAGCUGAGUUAAGUGUUAAAAAUAACGGUGUUGGAAAAAAGAAAAGAAAAAAAAACGCCAAAAAACAAACAAAGCAAGAAAAGUCAGCGUGUUGAGGUGUUUCCGCCCAUCGAAGCCGUCGUGCCAAAGACAUUAUACACACGUCAAAACUCUCGUCACGGGAACAAUCCUGCAUUGAAGUCAUAUUCAGUCAGUAUUCUUUCACCAGUUCAAAAGCUACGACAAACAGAAAUGAGUGCAAGCUGAAAUUGGAAAUGAAAAGAGAGAGAGGCUCACAAAAGCCUUUCGCUGAGGAUCCGAAACGCGAGCUGAAGUCAUUUGGGAGAAACUAGAAAUCGACCAACACAGAAAAUCUUUCGUUGCGACUGCUGGGCUCUGUCCCAUUAUUUUUGAUAAAUGCUGUUUAUUUGCAUAUUGGAUCAGGUAAUUGAUGGAUAAACGUGAAUACAGUGCUGCCAUGAGAUCCGGAUGACCCGAUUUCAAAUUGUUGGUUGUCAUUCCCUGCUAAAGUCAAACUAAACAUACAAGCUUUGUAUUUUUUUUAAAAGAGCCCCAAAAAAACACAUAACAUUGCCUUAAAGUCUGCUAGCUUAAUGUUAACACAUUAAACGCCAUAGACGGGCUAACGAACAGCGUCCCUUGAAGCAAUGGAUAUUUGAACAUAAACGGUGGAGCAACACAGGUAGACCAAUAAUAUGACAAUACGGGAAUGUAUUCGUUGUCCUCUGCGGAAAACGACUAAUGUUACUGCAGCUGACUGAGGAGCUGUGACCGUCUCCAUGUAAAUCUGUAUACGAAAGCAUGCACUCAAGGAGCAGCCCAAUGUCCAUUGAAUUGAUGGGAAAAAGGUGGCAAAAACUGGGUCAUUCUUUACGUUUUCUUUGUCAUUAUGUUUCUAUAAAGUAUAUUGUAAAGGUGCUGAUUUUAAAACACAAUUUUUGUUUAAAACUUGUAUCUGAAGGCACCACUGUAUUAUCAUAUUGGUUUUGAACAUUUCAGUACUGUAUUCUAUUUCCACUUUCAGGAUAUUGAUUUAAAAAACAUUGUGUUCAGCAGAUGAACAAAUCAUUCGCAAAUUGUCUCUAAAUUGAGUUUUUUCAAAAUUUGGAGUCAAAACGUUGCAUCCACAAGUCAUAAAAAUGACAUUUAAUGUCAAUCCAUCAUAUCAAAAAUGAGAGAACUUGUCAGCGUCCAUCCAACACUUAUUGUAUGCGUGCGUGUGCGUGACUCUUGAGCCAUAUUCAAUGCAAUAUGAACAGUUGGCGUCUUAUUGCAUUUCUCUGCCAAUCGUUUACAUUACAUUAAUGUUUUUAAUGUUGUACUGAGGGCGGUACAGUACUGUACGUACAGUAAGUGCCGUUUGGUUUCGAGAUUGUCGUCUUCUACUUUUUGCUUUGUCCCAUCCUGUUUAGUGACACAUUUUGAUAAACUCUAUAAAUAUAUCAGAGAGCAACGUUGCCAUCAUAGAGGUUCGGUUUGAGCAAUUAAUUGCAUGCAACAUCUCCACUUUUGCAACUUUUCGACUCCAUUUUUCAGGUGAGCCCAAAAUAGCUAUUUGCAAAGUUGCGUUAAAAUAGCGUACGUUUUGAACAACAAAAGCCUAGAAAGUGCCACAUCGCCUAAACUUAAUGUGGGGGUGCAUCUGGGAUUUGAAAGUAAAAUAUUGGGACAUAAAGUAGGAAUUGAUGAGUUGUUUUGAUCAGGAUUUGAAUAGAGUGACAGUGAAAAUGUAUUUGAUUGUGUGAAGUGAAUGAAGAAGUUGUACAGUUUGCUGUUUAAAUUUUGCAUUGCAUAUUUUUGCUCUGAAUAUCUCAGAGACAUUUGAUUUUCUUUCUUCUAAUGAUAUGCACAUUUCCGCGCGAUGGCUGCUUGUGGGCGGGGCCUGUUCCAAUCGACUCACUUCUCGAUUUAUUUGAAACUUUUUAUUCCAUUUAUUCUCUGCAGCGUUGGUUCUGCAUGGAAUUUUCUGACGACCUCGGCAUUGAUGACUUUACAGUAUUGGCAAACAUGCAUUAUGAUUAUUAUUAUUAUGAUUAUGCUUAUUAUUUUUGGUUCCACUAUUAAUUUAUUGUUUGGAAUGUUUUAUGCCUGCUUUUCCUCCGGCGUUAUUUUUGUAUCGCUGCUGAAGAUGAAGUGUUUUGGUUUUGGUUUUAUUUGUAAGAAGAAGCUUUCUCUCUGUUCUUCUUCUUCUCUGUUGGAAUGCAUGUUUCCUCUUUUUCCACGGUCACGUUCAUCCACACCUACUUCUGCUUCCUUGUCCGGGGAAUCAAACCUUUUCACAGACUAUUAACACUUUUCGUUUAAAUAAAAGAUACACUGAUCUUU